AUGGAUGCCCCGCCAUUGACACCCCUGCGCCCGAGCUCGGUUGGUGAGAAGAUCGAGCGGCCCCCAGUAUGGGUGAUGCGCCAAGCCGGCCGGUACCUCCCCGAAUACCACCAGGCUAAGGGCAACCGGGACUUUUUCGAAUGCUGUCGCGACCCAGAGGUCGCCUCGACCCUGACACUCCAGCCUGUCGAGCGAUUUGCAGGGCUCCUCGACGCAGCCAUCAUCUUCUCCGAUAUCCUCGUCAUACCGCAGGCCAUGGGUAUGGUCGUCGAGAUGGUCGACAAGAAGGGCCCGAACUUCCCAGAUCCGCUCAGGUCGCCCGACGACAAGCAGUACGCCGAGGUGCUGCAGCGGCAGGUCGACGUCACCAAGGAGCUUGACUAUGUCUACAAGGCCAUCACCCUGACGAGGAAGAAGCUUAAGGGGCGCGUGCCGCUCAUUGGUUUCUGUGGCGCACCGUGGACGCUGCUCUGCUACAUGGUCGAGGGCGGCGGCACCAAGAUGUUCAAGGAGAGCAAGACGUGGGUCUACAAGUACCCAGAGCAGUCAAAGGUGCUGCUGCAGAAGAUCGCGGAGCUGUGUGUCGACCAUCUCGCACACCAGGUCGAGGCUGGUGCCCAGCUCGUGCAAGUUUUCGACUCAUGGGCUGGUGAGCUCUCCCCGGCUACUUUCAAGGAGUUCUCAGCGCCAUACCUGCGAUACAUAGCGGAGAACCUCCCAAAGAAGCUGAAGUCCCUGGACCUCGAGCCAGUGCCUAUGAUCGCUUAUCCCAAGGGGGCGUGGUAUGCCCUGGACGCAAUGUGCGAUUCAGACUACAAUGUCGUCGGCCUGGACUGGCUCCACGACCCGGCAGAUGCAGCCAAAGUCCGCGGCGACCGGAAGAUCGUGCUCCAGGGCAACGCCGACCCCGGUGUCUUGUAUGGCUCUCACGAGGCCAUAACGGAGACGGUAAAGAACAUGGUGCAGGGCUUUGGCUGGGCACAGAGGAAGCAGGGGUGGAUUGUGAACCUGGGGCAUGGAAUCACCCCAUUCGUGAAUCCGGAUGAUCUGAAGUUCUUCUUCCAGGAAGUCCACCGUCUAACACUUGCUGCUUGA